AUGCAAGCCAUGCAAUCCCCCAACAAUAAGGAUUUGGAGCAUGAAAUCCAGAUUUUGAAAUCCGUUCGUCAUCCGAAUAUUAUUGCCUUUCAUGAUGCCUGGUAUGGUGAAAACGAGUUUGUAUUUAUAACAGAAUUGAUGACUUCGGGUACUUUGCGUGAAUACAUUCGAAAAUUAGCACCUUUACCUAAUCUCAAAAUCAUCAAGCGCUGGUCUCGUCAAAUUUUAAAGGGUCUUGCUUAUCUACAUGGACACAAUCCACCGAUUAUUCAUCGUGACAUUAAAUGUGAUAAUAUAUUUAUUAAUGGCGCACACGGUGAAGUCAAGAUUGGUGAUAUGGGUACCGCUGAAAUGAAAUUGGGUAAGAAAUACACUGUCAUUGGUACGCCCGAAUUCAUGGCUCCAGAAAUGUACGAGGAACAAGGUUACAACGAAAAGGUCGAUAUUUAUGCUUUUGGCAUGUGCCUUUUGGAAAUGGCGACCGGUGAAUAUCCAUAUGGGGAAUGUAAAAAUGCUGCUCAAAUCUACAAAAAAGUAUCCGCUGGUAUCAAGCCAGCAUGUCUUUUAAAGGUUCAAAAUCCCGAAGUUUUAGGCGUGAUUGAGAAUUGUUUGAGUAACGAGGAUGAAAGAAUGUCAGCUCAAGAAAUUUUAGAACAUUCGUUUUUAGCAGUUGAGCCCGACGUUGUUUUGUUAGCUGCCGAUCCAGAUAAUGUGCAUUUAACGCUUCAAGUUGUUUUCAAGGGCAUGGAUAAACUCUCUGUCAAGUUUGAUUUUAAUGUCGAAACCGAUACAGCUGAGGAAGUGGUGAGAGAAAUGAUUGAAGAGCAAGUGUUACCCGAGAGAUACCAGCAUCAUAUCACAAAGGAGAUAAAUCGUAUUUUACGUGACAUUGAUAAGCCAACUGAAUCAGAACAGGCAGAACAAGUGCGUAGAUCGGUUUGGAGGCGAGAAAGCGACAUUAGGAAUGAGCUGGAUCGCACCCGUGAAGAAUUGAAUCAGGCUACAGAACGUGUAUUAGAAAUCGAACAGAAAUGUGAUACGUUUGAAAGUAGGGCUCGUGCAGCUGAAACAAGAUAUAGAGAUGCUGUUAGAAACCUGAGAGAAUUAGAGGAGUUAAAAUCAUCUGCGGCCGAAGAGGAGUCGAUAAAAAAGCCAUCGUUAAAUGAAGCCUUGUCUUCCAUGACAGUUACAAAUACGGGAACUGCCAGUACAAAUGGGCUCAAUACUCCGGAGGAACGAGAAAAAUUGGUUUCUCAUAUUUUGGAUGAAUAUUCAGAUGAUACAGAUAUUGGUGUAUUUGUAACAGAUUGUGCUCUAGCAUCGCAUCGCGGAUCAGACAAAGCUCAUGAAUGGGCCAGAAAAUUACAAAAUCAAGAUAUCAUGACUGUAGGUGACUUGCGUGAUUUACACGACGAGGAUUGGGCUGGUAUCGGUUUAACUGUAUUUGCAUUACGAGCCUUAAAAAAUAUGCUUAAAGGUAAAAAGUUAGCGGCUGUUCAGUUACAGCAACAACAAGCAAAUUCUAUAUCACCACCUACACAAUCCCCUCCACCUUCUUCAUCAUCAAUAGCUUAAUAUUCCAGACCCCCCUUUUUUUUUUCUGAUUAAACAUCAUAACACACUAUUUACUCGAUAUUUGACAAUGGUAACAAGAUGUCUUUG